CUUUUGUAAACACUGCUCCUGGCUGAAACCGCACCCAGCAAAUAGUGCUGAUUCAGCAACUCGCAAUGUCCGUAUAUCUUUGCCCACCUCCGUAUACCUUAGUUUGCAAGUGGGCGGAGCUUGUAAGCACCUCUCGUUUACGUAAUAGCUAGCUUGCUCUCGUCUGCAGUGUUGCUUGCUAACAUGGGUGUCUGUUUGCACUUCUUGUGUGCCCUGCUGACGUACUGCUGGUGUGUCGUCGAAACUGCAGCCAGCAGUCGAGAAGAAGUGUUUCUCGCCAACCAGCGAAAAGUUGAGCAGCUCAACAUCCUCUACAAAGAACAGGAUGUGACGUUUGCUCUGAACCAGUUUGCCUACCUGACGGAAGAAGAGUUCAGACAGAGGGUCCUUCUUCCUCCCUCUCCUCCCCCCGUACACGACCCCACAUGCAUCGUCCAAUCAACUGACGAACAGACUCCAAACUUUCCAGACUCGUUUGACUGGCGAGAGAAGGGUGUGGUCACGAGUGUCAAAAACCAGGGUUCGGUGGGGUCGUGCUGGGCAUUCAGCACCGUGGGAACCUGGAGGGACAGUGGGCGCUGGGCGGACAUCCCCUCGUCUCUCUCUCUGCCGAGCAACUGGUGGAAUGUGACGCCACCUUUGACCCCACAAAUAUGAAUAUGGAUUGUGGUGUGUUUGGUGGAUGGCCGUACCUCGCCUAUCAAUACGUGCAGGGAGUGGGUGGAAUAGAAUCCGAUUUUGCCUACCCCUACUGUUCAGGUGACGGGAAAUGCUUCCCUUGCGCUGCCCCAGGUUACAACGUCACUCGAUGUGGCCAGCCUCCAGAGUACUGCAAUAAGACACAGAGUUGUGGGGACAAACUCAACUCAAACGACUUUGUUUCUGGACUGAGGGUUUCUUCCUGGGUUGCCGUCGCUAAAAACGAGAGGGUGAUGCAGGCAGAGUUGGUCAGCCGGGGACCGCUCUCGGUCGUGUUCGAUGCCUCGAUGCUCCAGUUCUACCACUCUGGAGUAUGGGACCCCUGGGUGUGCAGUAGAACUUCCCUUGACCAUGCUGUUCUUUUGGUUGGUUACGGUACAGAGAAGACCCUUCUCUCAGAGAAACCAUAUUGGCUUGUGAAAAACAGUUGGGGAGAGAAUUGGGGAGAGAAGGGUUAUUUCAGGAUUCUGAGAGGGAAGAACAAAUGCGGUAUUGCUGAACAGGUCACGUCUGCAGUCCUUGAAUAAGAACAGCACUGCAGUCAUUAAAAUUCUGUGGUUGCAAAGUGUAAUGAUCGAUGUGGAUAUUAAGAGAGACCUAUUAUGUAAUUGUUAUAGCAGUAUAAAAAUUUUACUUGAUCAGAGUUUGUUAGAAUGAGACCGGAGUUUAAGAAUGAAGUAUUAUACAGUGGCUGAAAUCAGUAUCUAACACGGUGCAGGACAAGGCGAGGCGUCUUUGCUUUCAUUCCCCUAGUUUUGAGAAACUCGGCCGUCAACUGAUCGUUUCUCUUCACUCGCUCCCUGUCCAGCGUUUUUCUGCUCUUCUCUGAUAGCAAACUGACUGGAAGGCUAAUCAAAAGCUGAUUUUCAUGACAUGUCAUCAUCAUCUUCUCCUGUCAGACUAGUGAGCGUCACUGAAUCGCUCGAGAUGCACAGUUUCUUUGCAAUUCCUGCAUCGUCACGUUCGUAGGCAGACAGUUUUCGUUUCAAAUUCUGCCGUGCUUUUAGAUUCUCCGAUAACAGACUUUUACUUUUCUCUUCCAGUUUUGUCUGUGUAUUAUGAGACGCCUCGUUGGAAGUUGAUACUAACUGUGAUUUUUCAACUCUGGCGAAGUUUUACAUCAACCUGUGAUAAACCGUUUGAUAAUCCCUCACUUCUAGAAGCUGUUGCUUUAGUGUGUGGAGAGGCAGAAUCAGGCAGGAGCUCCAUUUCUGACGGGUCGUCCACAUAUUCAAAGUAGGAACAAAUUCCCACGUCGUCGGAAUGCAACGGUUGCGAUUUCUUUUUCAGCGAACGGAGAGUCGAGGGCAGAGCAGGGCGCGGUUUGUGCGACGACAUGACGAGAGAAGUUUUUCCUUCCGUAAGGAAGGAAGCGAGGGAUCUGGGCGGAGUGGAUGGUCUAGUCGGAAUGGGGUUAAACCUCGGUGGGUGUGGCAUCGGUUGUUGCUGGUGUUGAAAUGGAAAUAGGUGACGAAGAUGUUGAACUUCUUGUUGUUGUUGUUGCUGAAUAUGUUGUUGUUGUUGUAGGUGGUGGUGGUAGAAAGGUACACGAGACAAAAGCUGGUGGGGGUUUGGUAAAAUUCUUGGCGGCACACUGUGCGAGGUUGGAGUGGAGGAGGGCUGAGACAGAGGCGGUCUAGCCAGAGGUGGUCUAGCCAGAGCUGCUGCCAAAAGUGCUGUACGGAUGUGAGAACAGAGGAGGUGAUGCGGAUAAAGAGGAAGAAACGGGAAGGUGGGUGGUGGGGGUUGAACGCUGACUCUCCUGUUUUCAGCGACUCUAAUCGAAGUCGCGGGAGGGUUCUGCGAGGAAUGUAAGAGGCUAGAGAGUGUGACAGGGGAUUCCACAAUCAUUGGUGGAGGGGCAGGGGGUGCAGAGAAGAGAGGUAGAGGGGAACCGGGAGUUGAGAGAAGCGGAAGAGAUGCUGCGAUUUGGAGAAUUUCGGCAGGUGUUAAACGUCGUUUCGGUGGAGGUAUGGGAGUAACGGUUGACGUAGCGAUUGUAGUUGAGGUGGAAGGGAGAGAGGAAGGAUGUGGGGGAGAGAGGAGAGAAGAAGUAGGAUGAGGGGGAGCGGGCUGUGACACAGACAGGGAGGGUGCCGUUGAUGUCAUGGUGUAAGAGGGAGGGGAGGUGCACAGAGGGAAGGGAGAGGAAGAGGAUGUAGGGAGGGAAGAGGAGUGAAAGGGAGGUAGGGAUGAAGUAGAGCAUGUGGGGACUGAGGUAGUGGGUGUGGGGAUGGAGGAAACAGAACAGGGCAGCGAUGAAGGGUGUGUAGAAGGAAGAGAGGGAAGAGUAGGGUCAGAAGGAGGGGGAGAGGAAUGAGAAGAGAGAAGUGGAUCAGGUGAGUGGUUCAGCAAUGGAAGAGACUCGGCUUUAGCCUUGCAAAUCAGACAGUCACACAGCACCACGAUCGGAGACAAAGUUCCAGAUUCGGUCGAACCCCCCACUGUAUGGGUGUGGCCAUUACUAGUGGGCGGGGCACUGGAACGAGAGUCGGCAGAAGCAGGUGUCUUAGACUUGCAGGCAGUGCAGAGUUGGCCUUUCACACACACCAGAUGGCCCAGUGCUUUCUCGCAACUCUGACAACUCUUGAGCCUAUAUUUACUGCAAAAUAUCACCAGUUGAACUAAGUAAAGAGAUUGAGAGGGGGACACACCUUGCCCUGGUGUAGAAGGUCCUUCCAUCGGGACAGAAGCAAUUUUUCAGCUUUGCACGGCUUUUCCUUUUGGUUAUCAGAAUCACUGAAUCUAUUCCGGAAUUUCGACUCCCAUUUCGAGCAUCUCCCGGAGGAAAAGCUCUCUGUUGCUGCACAUGGAGCAGCUGCAGAAAUCGAGGCCCGCAAGCCACGCCUGCUGCUGGACACAGCUUCUGUGGAAACCGGUUUCGCAAACAGGACAGACGAGCAUCUUGAACUGGUCUCGCCGGUUCUUGUCGAUCUCCAAGAGACAGGCGGGGCAUUUUUGGCUCUUGAGGAGUGCAGCUUCCACCAGCAAAGUCUUCUGCUUUGGUCUGUGGGCGGGGCAGAAGGCCUCGAAGCGACCUUGGUGUUGCAAGAAAAAGCCGUUUUCCAUUCCACACGGCACGUGGCACGUCUGACGACAUGACUUGACCACACACCCAGUGGCCGCUCCUUUCUGAUGGCAGUAUUUGCACGUCUAAGAUAAAACGUUUUCUUUCAAAAGAAUUGUUUUUUUUGUAGGUUCGGGCACGUACCAGUUUGGAAGCCCUGAUGACUUCCUUGCGGAUGUCGCUCAGUAGAAAGCCUUGAACACCUUCGCUCUCCUCGCCUCGCUGGUGCAGGCCAGCCGCAAAGUACUGCAAGACAUAGGCCAGGGGGAAACAGCCGGGGAAGAGAGCUUGUUUUAGCGCGCACGAGGCAAGCUACGGAUGUGGUUUACCAGGCAGUAUUGGUGGACCAUCACGCCGUCUUUGCGGAAUGUCUGCCCGACUCUGUCGCGCUCUUCGGCGGCAGACUUUUUACAGAACGGACACCGACUUUCCGCCAUUUCUGCACCCACCGCU